AUAGCAGAAUGCACUCAUGUUAUGAAGCAUCACACGGCGUGAAUCCAAUGGUAAGCCUUCAUUUUACAUAGCCUAUCUAUAGCUUCCCUGCAUGAUUUUAUUAGCCUAUUCUAGAUAUGUCUAGUUGCCCUUUUGAAAUGGGAACAAGCACUGCGCUCAUAACUUUUGAUCGGUUUAAAUAACCUAGUUGUCAUAGGCCUAGCCUAUGUGACAGUGAUCCUAGCCUAUCGCAGAAAGGGUGGUCGAUUGAGCCUCAUAUGUUAUUUAUCAUCUUUUAGGAUUUAUUUCCAGGUUAUUUUGUAAUAACAAACAAUACGGACACAGGAUUCGUCUCUCAAGUUGGAACGGGAUGUGGACCGUGCGUUUUGCUGUUGGGGCUUUUAUCAGUAUGAUUUUCCAAGUGGGCAUGACGCAACAGUGGACGAAUGGUGAGUAUUGCCAUGGUUGGAAGGACGCGCAAUCUACCUGGCGAGGGGGUUUCCAUUGUCCCGAGCGCCACGAUCAAAGAGAAGCAGUGAUCUGCUGUGGAACUUGUGAGCUGCGCUACUGUUGCGCACUCAUAGGCGCAAGACUGGAUCAGGGAAACUGCAUCAACCACGAGCAAGUUCUACAGGCUGGCACGUCUGAUGACGAGAAAGAUGCCAAGAUCGCAGGUAAGUUGUAGCUUUGGCUACUGAAAUAGGAACACAUACUUCAAUUUUUAUCCUUGCUUGGUUAAUUAUUCUUUUUCAUAAAGGCCUAAUGUGCUAGCUAUAGAAGGCCUAUACUUUUUAGGCAAAGCUACCUAUUCCUUGAUUACACACACAGUGAGAUUCCUUAUAAAUGGUAUUGAUGAAUGAGAAAGCCUAAUGCAGUGUGUGCUUGAAUCCAACCCACCAAAUUUGCCUUAAAGUGUGGCCUCAUGUCCAAGCAUUUAUUAAAUUCUUCAACAUGCAGUUAGCCUACUCCUCACAUCACGAGAAUCAUGUUAAGACUUGAUCUGCUGCCAAGAAGCUUUUCAAUGAACCGUUUUUUUUCUUCAUGUUUUGCACAGUUUAAUACUUUUCUUGGAAUAUGAACACAUCCCCAGCCUUGCUAGAACUGAAGAACAGGGGAGUCUAAUUCAAGUGCAUAGUGUAUACAACUCCAAAAUAUUUACACAGGAAGGUCAUCCUUAAAAUGUAUUUCUUUCCUUUCCACUCAAUCAAUCCUUCCACUCCUCCCCUGCCCUCUUUAUUUUUGUGCUUUCUUUUCACUCUGUAGUACCUGUCUAUGUUCCCUUUGUUAUCGUGGGCUCUGUGUUUCUGGCCUUUAUCUUUCUGGGCUCCAUGGUGGCCAUGGGUGUCUGUCUGAGUCGUAAACAGGAGAUCUCCCAAAGCCCAGACGCUGGUCCCCAGGGUGGGAGUGGAGAGCAGCAGCAGGAGGUUGUACCCAUGACUGUGAGUACAGGGACGUCCUGUGGUUCCACCUCAUCUCUCUACCCUCCCAAUGCCAGCCAAGCCUGUUCAACUGGACCCACACGUGUCCACCAAACCUUAAAGAGGCAGGAAACUCCCACCAGCCCACAACCCUCCAUGGUCCAACCUUUUACCAUGCACCCCUCCAUGGUGUUUUCCACCCUGGUUCACCCCUCCAUGCUUCAUCAUUCCAUAAUGCAUCCUUAUAUGGCUCAAAUGCCUACUCUGUAUACCUCACAAGGGGAAAGCCGUCGUCUCCCAUCUCCCUGCCCUCCAUCCAGCUAUACCAGCACUAAACCCAGGCACACUGAAGUGAUCAUAUAAUUUGUGACUUUGACUUUGAAAGAGUAUUUGGGUAAUCAAAUAGGAAAAUAUGAAUAAGCCCAGGAAAUGUAAUGUAAAUGUGUGGCAGCCAGUUUAGACUAAUAAAAAUGUUUAGGAGAAUAAUUG